AUGGCGGCGGCGGCGCUGAGGAACCCGCCUCAGGCCUGUGUGACCUUUGAAGACGUGGCCAUUUACUUCUCCCAGGAGGAGUGGGGGCUCCUUGAUGAGGAACAGAGGUUUCUGUACCAUGAUGUGAUGCUGGAGAACUUUGCACUUACAACAUCCCUGGGUAAGGACAUUCUAGUUUCAUUCCAGUCUCACGUAGUUACAGAACUGGGGGUGUGUGGGGAGAGCCCUGAUUGCUUUACACGUGUGGACAUGUUCCCAGCUGACAAGAUCUUGCUGAAGGCUGUUGACAGAGGAGGGAAUUGUCAGUGUGCAGCAGAGGAUGAGGAGACCCCUUCUGAGCAGAGUGUUUCUGGAGGAGAGUCACAGGUCAGGACUUCUCAGUCAGUUCCAUGGACCCGGAAGACUCAUCCCUGUGAGAAGUGUGUCGCAGUCUUGAAAGACAUUUUGCAGCUGACUGAGCUCCAGGCAGCACAUCUUGGGCAGAAACCAUACGUUGGUGGGGGGUCCAGCGGCUUCUGGUUGCAUACAAGCCUUCACCAGUAUCAGGAGCAUGGCAAUGGAGAGAAAAACUUUAACAUGGACGUGGACAGGGCCUCGAUUGUGACGAGCUGCAGACUCCAUGUGUCAGGGAAGCCCUUCCCCUGUGGGGAGGAUGGAAAAGACUUCCUAGCUACCUUGGGCCUUCAUCAGCACCAGGCCACUCCCAACAGUGAGAAGCCACACAGCAGCUUUGAGUCUGGGGAGGCCUUAAACAAUGGAAAAAGUCAUAACAAGUGGAUUGAAUGCAGGGAAUGUAGCAAAUGCAAAUACAGAUUUGUUCAGCACCAGCAAAUUAACGUUGGAGAAAGGCCUUAUGAGUGCAGUGAAUGUGGGAAAUUCUUUAGCCGUAAAACCCACCUCAUUCAACACCGGAAGGUGCACACUGGAGUUAGGCCUUAUGAGUGCAGCGAAUGCGGAAAAUCUUACAGUGAGAAAUCUGACCUCAUUCAACACCAAAGAGUUCACACUGGAGAAAGGCCUUAUGAGUGCAGCAAAUGUGGGAAAUCUUUUAUCCAGAAAUCCAUCCUCAUUAAACACCAGAGAAUUCACACUAAUGAAAGGCCUUAUAAAUGUGAUCAAUGUGGAAAAUCGUUUAGCCAAAGUUCUGGCCUCCUUCGACACAAGAGAGCUCACACUAGAGCAAGGCCUUGUGAGUGCAGUGAAUGUGGGAAAGCCUUUAACUGUAAAACCCACCUCAUUCGACACUGGAGAACUCACCCUGGAGUUAGGCCUUAUGAGUGCAGCAAAUGCGGAAAAUCUUAUAGCCAGAAAUCUGUCCUCAUUCAGCACCAGAGAGUUCACACAGGAGAAAGGCCUUAUGAGUGCAGUGAAUGUGGGAAAUCCUUUAGCCGCAAAACCCACCUCAUUCGACACCGGAAGGUGCACACUGGAGUUAGGCCUUAUGAGUGCAGCGAAUGCGGAAAAUCUUACAGUGAGAAAUCUGACCUCAUUCAACACCAAAGAGUUCACACUGGAGAAAGGCCUUAUGAGUGCAGCGAAUGUGGGAGAUCUUUUAUCCAGAAAUCCAUCCUCGUUAAACACCAGAGAGUUCACACUAAUGAAAGGCCUUAUAAAUGUGAUCAAUGUGGAAAAUCGUUUAGCCAAAGUUCUGGCCUCCUUCGACACAAGAGAGCUCACACUAGAGCAAGGCCUUGUGAGUGCAGUGAAUGUGGGAAAGCCUUUAACUGUAAAACCCACCUCAUUCAACACUGGAGAGCUCACCCUGGAGUUAGGCCUUAUGAGUGCAGCAAAUGCGGAAAAUCUUAUAGCCAGAAAUCUGUCCUCAUUCAGCACCAGAGAGUUCACACAGGAGAAAGGCCUUAUGAAUGCAGUGAAUGUGGGAAAUCCUUUAGCCGCAAAACCCACCUCAUUCGACACCGGAAGGUGCACACUGGAGUUAGGCCUUAUGAGUGCAGCGAAUGUGGAAAAUCUUACAGUGAGAAAUCUGUCCUCAUUCAACACCAAAGAGUUCACACUGGAGAAAAGCCGUAUGAGUGCAGUGGAUGUGGGAAAGCCUUUAGCCAGAAAUCUGUCCUCAUUCAGCACCGGAGAGUUCACACAGGAGAAAGGCCUUAUGAGUGCAGUGAAUGUGGGAAAUCCUUUACCCAAAGAAAUCAUCUCAACAUACACCAGAGAGUUCACACAGGAGAAAGACCUUAUGAGUGCAGUGAAUGUGGUAAAUCUUUUACCAGUGGUUCCGCCCUUCGUUAUCAUCAGAAAAUUCACAUUGGAGAAAGGCCUUAUGAGUGCAAUGAAUGUGGGAAAUCCUUUAGCCGCAAAACUCACCUCAUUCGACACCGGACGGUGCACACUGGAGCAAGACCUUUUGAUUGCAGUGAAUGUGGGAGAUCCUUUACUCAGAGCUCUGGUCUCCUUCGACACAGGAGAGCUCACGUGCAAUGA